AUGGGUGACGAAGACCAACGAGAAAGCACUACACCAACUAAUGAUAAAAACCAUAAAGAUAAUGAAAUUUCGUAUGCAGACAUCAUAUCCGUAGACAACAAUGAAGAUACUCGUAAUGGUUCAAGAAAUAACCGAAGUACGACGGCUAAAAAAAAUAGGAGUGAAGAGAGUGUGAAAUUGCCUACAGAAACCACCGGUCUUCUGAGCGGUGAGCCAUCAAAUAAUUAUGGUCGUUUCCUUCGUAGGCCUGAGGAUGAGGAGUCAAAGCGACACACCUGGAAUCCCACGCAAUUUCGAGUAAAUGCACUCUCCGCACCGAUUCGUCGUUAUAAACAGAGAAGUGGUGUUUAUGACGAAGACAAACAAGCUUUAAUUCGUGAAGGUGGCGGUAUUCGGGUUUGGUAUGACGACUAUACCACCAUUGGAGCCGCAAUACUGGUGAAAUAUAAUUCCUUGUAUGCCUCACCCUCUUCAAAAAGUUCAUUAAAAGUAAAGAACGGAUCUUCCAAGAAGCGUCUCAGAUCAUACGCGGCCGGAAGCGGUAUUCCCGAGGUAAAAACUAUUCUAAGUGGUUUUGUGAUCCGUGGAUUCCUUGGUAUUAGAACGCUCUGGGUUAAAGCAUUGACUCUGGCAAUGGCGGUAUCAGCCGGAUUGACGCUUGGAAAGGAAGGUCCGUUUGUUCAUAUCGCGUGUUGUGUGGGUAACAUCAUGACACGCCUGUUUCAGAAGUAUAACAAGAACGAGGGUAAACGAAGGGAGAUACUGUCAGCUUCUGCGGCGGCGGGUGUGAGUGUGGCUUUUGCCGCGCCAAUUGGUGCCGGAGUGACACGGAUGACGGUCUCCUUAACGGUCAUCAUGUUUGAGCUUACUGGUGCUUUGACAUACGUUCUGGUUCGUAUUGAUCCAUUUGAAGUCACAAUUUAUUUUGAUCCAAUAAUGACGGCCAUCAUGAUUUCAAAGUGGGUGGCAGACGGCAUUGUGAAACACGGAAUUUAUGAUCUUUUAAUAGAACUCAAUGAGCAUCCUUACCUGGAUUCAAAAGUCGAAUACGUGACAACAAAAAGCACUGUUGAACUUUGCCAAAGGAAUUUGGAGGUGAUUGAAGUAAACGAGCCGAACACCAUUGGGGAAUUGAAAGCUAAAUUGGAUCGACUGUGGUAUUCGGACGCGGGAUUUCCAAUAUUAGAUGGACCGGUAUUAGUUGGAUAUAUCGCAUCCACGGAACUCGAACAUGCUUUAAAGCAUGCAGAUUCGUAUCCUGAUAGCACGAGAUGUUGUUUCAAGGAGACAGAAAUUGAAGUCGCGAUAUCACGUGCAGGUGAGGAACGCGACGAUAAUGAAAUAGAUUUCACGUUAUACAUGGAUCAGGCACCGUUAACGGUAUCUCAACACGCCUCAUUGGAAGUUGUACUGGAAUUGUUCAAGAAGUUGGGAUUGAGAUAUGUUUGUGUUGUAAAUUGUGGACAAUACGUUGGACUUAUUCAUAAGAAGAAAUUGUUGGCUCAUCUGAGAGAGAUGAACUUGAGUAAUUGA